AUGGCUAGAAAAAACUAAGAAUUGUUGGAUGAACUAAUACCUAAAAAAAUUGGCAAGGAAGCUAUUUUGGAAAAAAAGAGAGGUCUUAAUAGAAAUUUAAAUGGUCCUAAAGAUGACAUGGAUGAAUUCGAAGAUUCUUUUUUAAUGGGAGUUAAAUAAAAAAUAAUUGAAAAUGCACAGAAUGAAAUUUAGAAAUCAGCUGGUGAAAUGAUUUCUGAAGUUGAAAAAUUAUUAAGAGAAAAUGAAAUUUUAAGAAAAGAAUCCGAAUAAUUAAAAGAUACCAUAGUUGAACUUUAAACUUAGAACGAAAACUAAAACUGGAAAAACUCAUGUUUCAAAAAAGAUAUAGAUUAAAUAAACACUUAAUUUAAUGUUUUAAAGAAAGACUCAUCUGAAUUAGAGAAAUUUAUUCCCUAAUAUCUUUUAUUACAUUCUAAAUUUCCUGAACUAGAUUCUAAAUAAUUUAUAAAUAAAUACGAAAAGUUAGAGAAUUUAUGUUUGGAAUUGAAUAAAAAAAUAACUGAAUUAGAAGAAAAAAAUAUUAUGAUAGAAAUAGAAAAAUAAUAAAUAAAGGAAAAAUUUGAUAAAUAAAUUGAUUAAUUUAGAUAAAAUGAUACUACUAGAGAUAAAUUAAUGAAAUUAAAUUUAGAAAAAUUAAAAGAAAAAGAAAUGGAAUUAAGAGAUGCUGAAGAAUAUAAAAUUAAUUAUAUGCUUUUAUAAAAAAAAUUAUAAUAAGUUUUUAUUAAAUGGCAUUCAUAAAGUAAAGAAGUAAUUAAAAAUAAAUAAAUAUUUAUUAAAUUUUUAUAUAUCUUUUAUAUUUAAAAGGUUUAUCCUCUAGGAAAAAAAGAUAAUGGUCCACAAGCUGAAAUUAGAGAUCCAAUAGAAAUGCUUAAAACAAUGGAAGGAAUUGUAAAAAUUUCCACUGCUGAUAAAUUAUAAGAAUAUUUAAGAAAAAUUAUUGUUUCAGCUAAUAUUUUAUAAAGAAAAUAUUUACCUGAAUCUGUAAAUGAAAAAUUUGAACCUGAUAAAAUAUAUGCCAGAAUAUUAAAACUCAUUAAUAAAUUAAAUAGUGAAAAUUACAAAUUAAAUGCUCAAAUAAAAUAACUAAAAAGAGAAAAUGAAAGCUAUGAAGGAGGUGAAAAUAAGAAAACUGAAGUUAAUAGUAAUGAUAAUUCAUAUAUUUAAAAAUCUCUAUCAAAAUUUCAUGAUAAUUGA